UAGAUUUCGCUAGUGUACGCCUCCGCUCGCAGGCGCCGAGGUUCCGCAAAAUCGACGUUCGAUCAGUGUUACAAUGUUUACCGCUAGUAUGUAGCACCACUAUUCCGUCGAUCGUAUAUUUUAUAGUGUGCCGUUUUGUGUAUGUUAUUCGAUCGUAUUUCAUUCGGUUCGACGAGUUUCAAACAGUUCCAUGCGAACUGUAAGCUGCACGGGAAUACUCGAUCCGUGACUGCGGACACCGAAAGAGAGAAACGAAAGAAAUGUAAACAGUGCGCGCCGUUCCGCGAAUGUUAUUUUACGAGCGACUCGAGGCAGCUGGAUCAUCGCGGAAAGGUGAACGACAGGAGGAGGGAGAUGUACAAUCGGAAACCGCGGAGGGACUCGGACGCGCUGCUGUCGAAGUUCAGCCAGAAGGAGUUCCUGUUCAAGUUUCUCGUGAUCGGCGACUAUGGCGUCGGUGCGUCGCGGCUGUUUUAUACCCCCGUAUUCGAAAGUUCGCCACCGACUGCGCGCUAUGCCGCUUCCGAAAAACUGCGCUCGUCAGACGGUACACCGAAGGAAAGUUCACGUCGAAUUAUAAGAUCACCAUAGGAGCCGAUUUCGCGAUCAAAUCUCUCGACUGGGAUCCACAGACCAAAAUAAAUCUACAACUGUGGGACGUUGCCGGCCAUGAAAGGUUUGGAUACAUGACUAGAGUUUAUUAUAAAUAUGCAGUGGCAGCAGCUUUGGUAUUUGACAUAUCGCGGAUAGCGACGUUUCAGUCGAUCAAAAAAUGGCUGUCCGAUCUGCGGGAGAAGGUCACGCUGCCGGAUGGCGGGAAUAUACCGGUGGUACUGUUGGCGAACAAAUGCGAUAUUCCUUAUCCCGUUGUGCCGAUCGAGCAGAUCGCGAAGUUCUGCAAGGAGAACAACAUAGGAGCCUGGUACGUGACCUCGGCGAAGGAAAACACGAACGUUGACGUGGCGAUGCGUUAUCUCGUGGAGAACGUGUUGAAAACGAGAAUCGACGGAGGUGUACGUGACUCCGUCAGCCUGCGAGAUAGGCCAGUGAUUCGAGAAAAAACCUCGUGCUGCAAGUCGUGAUCGGUGUUCGCCGAUUGCGAUCGUAUAAUUUCACGAUGCUCGCUACAUAUAUAUAUAUAUAUAUAUAAGUUUUCCUUCGCAAACAUUUUUUUACGCUCACGACCAGACUAGCGCGAUCUUCCAAUUUUUAACCGUGCGACUCGCAUGUUUAUUCAACUAUGGCAAACAUUUAUUCUUAAUCGAAUUUAACAACGAAGUCGAAACAACGAUUGAGCUCUCACCGAUCCAUCGUAUUGCUUGAAAGCGUUCGCGGAUUCACAUUCUCUUUUUCCGCUUGGGACAUCACGUGAAAUUGAAAUUUUUCUUCGAUAGGUUCUCCGGAGAAGAAAGAUAAAACGCGGAAUAGCAGAAAAAGUAUUUAAUUUGUACUUUUUUCCGAUUGUCUUUUUACAGAAUGUUUCGUUUUUAGAUUUGUCUAAGAAGAAUAAAUACAAUUUUCCAAUAUAAAAUCA